CUGAGGAUGCACUGUAACUGCUGUGCCCUGGUGUCCAGCUCGGGCCACCUUACUGGCAGCAACCGAGGAGACGAAAUUGACCGCACCGAAUGCGUCAUCCGCAUGAACAAUGCCCCGAACGGAAACAAUUUCAAACAGGAUGUGGGCCGGCGCACUAGCCUGCGUGUCAUCGCCCACUCCAGCGUGCAGAGGGUGCUGCAGAGACGGCAGGAGCUGCUCAACACCAACCAGGACUCUGUCUUCCUCUUCUGGGGACCCACCAGCUCCAUGCGGCGCGACGGCAAGGGCAGGGUCUUCAACAACCUGCGUCUGAUCAACCAGCUGCUUCCCAAGCUCAAGGUCUACGUCAUCUCCCCCCUCAAGAUGCUGGAGUUUGACGAGCUCUUCAAAAAUGAAACUGGAAAAGACAGGAAGACCUCUAAAUCGUGGCUGACCACUGGCUGGUUCACCAUGGCCAUUGCCCUGGAACUGUGUGACAGGGUCAAUGUCUAUGGCAUGGUGGCUCCGGACUUCUGCAGUACUCCCUCUCAUCUCUCGGUGCCGUAUCAUUACUAUGAGCCCUCUGGCCCAGACGAGUGCUCCCUGUAUCUCUCCCACGAGCACAACCAGAGCGGCGGCCACCACAGCUUCAUCACGGAGAAAACGGUGUUCGCCAACUGGGCCCAGAAGUAUGACAUCCACUUCUACCAGCCAGACUGGAGCCCGUCCUCUACUCUCAAUGGAAGCAGCUCACACACACCUGCUACAGCUGUCUCCUGAUACCAGAUAAACAGUCAGACAGACAGACAGAAAGGUCCACAGGACCAGUGGCGACCCGUCAUUCAGGGCAGGUGGGGAAGAGCACCACCUGUUUUGAGCCCCACCUGUUUAGCAAAAAAAAGAUUAUACAUUUUUUCCUCCCCCUGUUUGCAUGUUGUUUUGGAAUUAAUACGUGUCACAUAUCAGUUUGUAAACAAUGUAAAAAAAUAAAAUAUAAUUGAG